AUGGAGGAAGCUAGUUUGUGCCUUGGUGUUUCUUCAGCUGUGCCAGAAGCUGACACCCAUCUCAACAGCACCAUACUCAAUGGGCAGUAUUCAAUGAGCCAGAAGCUGCACCAGAUCACUUCCCAGCUGAGCCAUGCCUUCCCAGAGCUGCAGAACAGGCAGAAUCCAGAGGAGAAGGUGUCAGAAGACAAAAGCCACCUGUCCAUAGCGAACCAGCCCAUCAGCAGUCAGAUGGCACUGUUGGCCAACCAGCUCAACAGAGAGGUCGAUACCAGUUUGAAUGGGCGCGUGGACCUGCAGCAGUUCUUGAAUGGGCAGAACCUUGGGAUCAUGUCUCAGAUGAGCGACAUAGAGGAUGACGCCAGGAAGAACAGGAAGUACCCGUGUCCCCUCUGCGGGAAACGCUUCCGCUUUAACAGCAUCCUGUCGCUACACAUGCGCACCCACACUGGAGAGAAACCGUUCAAGUGUCCAUACUGUGACCACAGAGCAGCUCAGAAAGGCAACCUGAAGAUACACCUGCGUACUCAUAAGCUUGGCAACCUUGGCAAGGGCCGUGGAAGAGUCCGAGAAGAAAACAGACUUUUACAUGAGCUGGAGGAGAGAGCUAUUCUUCGGGACAAACAGAUGAAGAGCAGCCUUUUGCAGCCACGACCUGAUGUGAAAGCACAGCACCACACCCAGCCAAUGCCUCUUGCAAACUGUAACUUGUCCGUGCCAGCUAAUCACAGCACACCCGAUAUUUCAAACCCUGUUCCCUCUCCAAAGCCAGUCAGCGUCCCGGAAGAAGCCGUCGCUCAGACGGCUGGGUUCCGGUGCACGUUCUGUAAAGGCAAGUUCAAGAAGCGAGAAGAGCUGGACAGGCACAUAAGGAUCCUGCACAAGCCUUACAAGUGCACCCUGUGUGACUUUGCCGCCUCGCAGGAGGAGGAGCUGAUUAGCCACGUGGAGAAGGCUCACAUAACUGCAGAGUCAGCACAGGGCCAGGGCUCCAACGGCAGCGGGGAGCAGUCCACCAAUGAGUUCCGCUGUGAGGUGUGUGGCCAAGUGUUCAGCCAAGCCUGGUUCCUGAAAGGCCACAUGAGAAAGCACAAGGAUUCCUUUGAACACUGCUGUCAGAUCUGUGGAAGGAGAUUCAAAGAGCCUUGGUUUCUUAAGAAUCACAUGAAAGUACACCUGAACAAGCUAUCUGUAAAGAACAAAUCUCCCAACGAUCCCGAAGUACCCGUCUCCAUCGGCAGCAUGUCCCAGGAAGCUCACGCAAACUUAUAUUCGAGAUAUCUGUCGUGUUUGCAAAGUGGGUUUCUGCCUCCUGACAAAGCAAGCUUAAGUGAACAGAAUCAAAUCUAUAACAAAGGAGAUGUGCCCAUGAAAGAGAAAGAAGUUCUGGGGAAGCUUCUUUCACCCAUUUCUGGCAUUGGCCACAGUAUUGCCGAAGGGGACAAACAUUCUUUAUUGGGCUGUCUCAAUCUGGUGCCUCCUCUGAAAUCCAGCUGUAUAGAAAGGUUGCAAGCUGCCGCCAAAGCAGCCGAGAUGGAUCCAGUAAACAGCUAUCAGGCCUGGCAGCUUAUGGCAAGGGGAAUGGCCAUGGAACAUGGCUUUUUGUCUAAAGAGCAGCAGAUACAGCGCAGCCAUGAAGACACUUUGGCAAAUGCUGGAGUUAUGUUUGAUAAGGAGAAGCGGGAGUAUGUGUUAGUAGGAGCAGAUGGCUCUAAGCAGAAAAUGCCUGCUGAUUUGGUUCACAGCACUAAAAUGGGCAAUCAGAGAGACUUGCCAAACAAACUAGACCCUUUAGAAGGCAGUAGAGAUUUUUUGUCACAUGGUAUGAACCAGGGACUCGAUUACAACUUACAAAGUCAUGGAAAUGUGAAAGAAAAGCCAACUGAGUGCCCGGACUGCGGAAGGGUUUUCAGAACAUACCACCAAGUGGUCGUUCACUCCAGGGUCCACAAAAGAGACAGGAAAGGAGACGAUGAAAUAAUUCAAGGUAGUCUUGAUGAGCGACGUGGGUCUGGAAGUGAUCAAGAGUCUCAGUCUGUCAGCAGGUCGACAACACCAGGCUCCUCUAACAUAACUGAAGAAAGCGGAGUAGGUGGGGGUCUUUCGCAGACGGGGAGUGCCCAGGAGGACAGCCCACAUCCUUCCUCACCCUCCUCUUCAG